GUGUCGAUGUGUCGAUUUCACAUUAUCUUCAUUCAUCCUUUUAGCUUCACGUUCUGUGUGAAUGUAUUCUCUGUAACUUGUCCUCUUAUUUUUGAUAAAAUAUAACAAUUUACCGUUUUCUGCAUUGAACUAAUCUAUCGGGAUAAUAUUAACGCUGAUAUAUGGAUAAAUCGUCAACUCAAACUCACGCCAAUGGACAAAAGAAGCGUCGAGACAGAGAAAUUAAAGACUGUCAUCGACCUACACUUUUGGAACGAAAACAGGCGGAGAAAAGUACAUUAGUCCAGCUUACGAUUGGCAAAAACGCAAGAACACCCAAGUUGAUACUCAAAAAACUCAGCGUCAACGACUUGCUAUCUUACAUGAAUAAUUCAGCUAUGGCAACAGAAUCGAAUUCUAAUGAUACGAUCACUUCUCAGACUUCCGAAUCUGAAGAUUGGCAUUUGUGUGUGAGCACCACAUCCGAAGAAGACCUUCAAGCUUCUCCGAUUUCUAAAAGUAAAUUGACGUCGACGUCGAGACUUAAUAAAACGAUACCUUAGACACGGGGAAUACUUUGUAGCAAGAUGUACCUUCAGAUAUGUACCCAUCCUACAACACGACGAUGUAAAAGAAACGAAUAAGUUGUCCUGUUUGGAAGUAUUAGUAAAAGAUUUUCCUGUUGGGUAGCCGUGAUCAAAUAAAUGUACGCAACAACGUAACUUUCCAUUAAAAAAAAUUAAUUUUUAA